UGAGCAUGUCGGUCGAUAUUUUUACGCUGGGUGAGCAAUCGCACAUCGAUGAGAUUAUAUCGGAAAUAAUCAAUGCACGUUGUGGAAAACCUCUGCAUCUGGCUGAGUCUGAUAUUGAAAAGAUAUGUGUGCGUUCACGCGAGAUAUUUUUAAAGGAGCCCAUGCUCCUCAAACUAGCGGCGCCAAUCAAAGUCUGUGGCGACUUGCAAGGCCAAUUUAUAGAUCUGUUGAACUUCUUUGAUCAUGGGGGCCAUCCGCCUGCAGCGAAAUAUUUAUUUUUAGGAAACUAUGUUGACCACGAUAAGCAAUCCUUUGAAACAAUAAGUCUGCUGUUAGCCUACAAAGUAAGGUUCCCCGAUCAUAUUUUUCUGCUGCAUGGAAAUCACGAGUCGGGCACUAUAGAGCGCAUCUACGGAUUCUAUGACGAGUGCAAACGAAGGUAUUCCACCAAGCUGUGGCGCACAUUUGUCGACUGUUUCGGUUGCAUGCCUGUGGCAGCCAUUAUAGCCGAUAAGAUCUUUUGCUGUCCCGGUGGUAUAACUUCCCGCCUACACAGCGUAGGGCAGAUUGCGAGAUUGCCUCGUCCCUACAUGGUGCCUGAUAAAGGACUGCUCAGCGAUCUACUCUGGUCCGAGCCGAACUCAAAAAUUGUGGGCUGGAGCGACAACGAUUGCGACACAUUUGGCGUGGAAAUUAUCGAAAAGUUCUUGAAACGUCACAAAUUUGACUUAAUUUGUCGCUCCCAUCAGAUUGUCGACGAAGGCUAUAAGUUUUUCGCUAAUCGCCAGCUGCUCACCAUUUUCUCAGCUCCCAACUAUAGCAGCGAGUAUGAAAAUGCAGGGGCUAUGAUGAAUGUAGAUGAAUCGCUCCAAUGUUCCUUCUUCGCGCUCAGGCCGUCCAGGAAAAUUUGCAUACGGAAAAUACAUUCCACUUUGUGAACUACCGUCUGUAUUUGAUAUGUUUCUGAACUAAACAAAAUUUGCAAGUUAAUAAAAAGUUCUUGAAGAUUAAA